AACACCGCCUAUCCCUACUGGUAUUAAAAUGCCAAUAAAUCCUCCAGAGAUCUCGCAAGCGACAGCAGCACUUAGUGAUGUAAAAGCGGCUGCGCAGAAGGUGGAUUCUGAAAAUGCACCAAGUGAACUUAGAGAUACGUCUCAAAAAAUACCAAAAACAUCUGUAUCAGCUGUUCCAAGUGGUACUGGUAAGUACAUCCCAGACACAGAGUUGGAACUGGCAAAUCUACGUGCUGAAGUAAUCGAAUUUCGUGAACAAAUUGAUGCUUUAAAAGCUAAACGGGAAGAAGAUAAAAAUAGAAUACAAGAAUUAGAACGUGUUAAAAUUCAGCUGUCACAAGUUGAAGAGAAUCGACGUCGGAUCCGACAACAAGCAGCUGAAUUACAACGUGAAAGUGCUCAAUUAAAAACACAAGUAAUAGAUGGAGAAAAGUCUGGUGUGUUUUGUAGACAGACAAACACUAGUAAUAUAAAUGAUUCUGUAUUCCUUAGUCCAUCGAAUAACAACAGUAUGAACAAUAUUCGCCGUGGUAUCGAUGAUGCUAACAAUAAAACAACUGGAACAAUGAAUAGAACUCCGAAUAGAGAUAUGGGUGGAUUGAAGCCGCCAUCAUUAAAUGCUGGAAUGGAUUCUGGCAAUAAUAUGCUUACAGACAAACCAGUAGGUAGUAGCAUUGGCAGACAUAAUUCAAUGCGAUCGUUGGCUGCAUCUAAUCGACCAACAAGUCUGUCAAGAACAGCAAGUGUAAGUUGACCAACUCUCAUUUCAUGUCCUUUUCGCUUUCCACUCCCCACAAUCUGCUUAGUUAUUAUUUUUAUUUCCCUCCAAAGUUUAAGGAUUUCGUUUACUAUAAAUGCACACAGUGAUUUUAAUGAGGGAAGGUCAAAAAGGCCAUAGCUUUCGUCAGUGUCCGCGACUAUGAAUCUGUAACCGGAUAAGACUUGGUAAGGGACCUUUUUGUUAGUGAGACUCACCGUAUUUAUACGUUUUUAGCUAUAUUUAUGGUCGACUAGAUCAACGAAUAAUAAACUAUUCUGAUUGGUUGUUAGUUUUCUGAAGGUCAAACUUUUGGGACGUGAAGUUGUCUACUGACAGUAGGUUGUUCUGAUUAGUUGUUGAUUUUUUGGGGGUUAAAUCUUGAGGUUGUUUUCUGACCACAACGUAGGCG